GUCCAGCAGGGGGCGCUGUCUGCGGAGCCGCGUCGCGCUGCAGCAGCGUCCUUAUAAAUACAGCCCGGAAGACAUGAACCACUUCAGUGAAGACACACAAGAGUUCAUGUGUGACAAACUAGCGGUGUGUUGGUUAAACACGUAAAGAGAGAUGCGCUGCCUGUCCAGAUCACAGAAACAGAGCCAGGUUUACAUGGGAUCCCACUGAGGCAGCAAAGGUUUCCACUUUUUAGCCAGCUGAGGAUCACUACAAGUCAACAUGUCUCACCGAGGGCCUUUAACUGCUGUCAUAACAACAGUAUUAGGGGCGACCUUAGGAGGGCUGCUCAUAUGGCGAGUUUACCGAACAAAAAGAAAGAGGCUGCCUUCCAUCCAGAAGGUGGCUGAUCCUGUAGAGGCUCCGUGUCCUGUGGAAAACAACUUUACAGCUGUGGAGAAUCAAUACACCCAAUCGCCUCAUGUUCUGGAGAAGGAGUUUAAGGCUGUGGAGUGUCAGACCACACAGCUGCCCCCUCCCGUACAGAUGCCGUCUUCAGAUCAGCUGCUGGGGGUGAAACCAGUCAUGGUGAGCUCUGAAGAGGAGUGGCUGCAGCUGUGGCCGCUGAUGCAAAAGGAGCUGUCAGUCUUCCCUGUGCUGGGGCUCGACUGUGAAUGGGUAAAGACCAGAGGCGUGUCUGUGAAAGGUCGAACGUCUGCGGUCUCCCUGCUACAGAUGGCCACGUAUUCAGGUCUGUGCGUCCUGGUGAGGCUGCUGACGUUUCGCAGCGGCCAGCAGCCGUUCCCUCUCAGCUUCAUGGAAGUCCUUCGAGACCCCCACAUCCUGAAAGUUGGCGUCGGCUGUUAUGAAGACGGCAAGCGCCUGACGCGUGACUACGGUCUGUCGCUGACGUGUACCGUUGACCUGCGCUACCUUGCCUUAAGACAAAGGCAAGCUACUGUGAAUAAUGGCCUGAGUCUGAAGUCUCUGGCAGAAGAUGUGUUGAAUGUAUCGCUAGAUAAAUCCAUGGAGCUGCGCUGCAGUGACUGGGAGGCUGAUCAACUGACGCUGCAGCAGAUGACUUAUGCUGCCAGAGAUGCCCAAGUGUCCAUCGCUCUUUUCCUCCAUCUCCUCGGCCUCCACGCUGAAGCCGGUCCCGAAUCUUCCAGCGGGAGCUCUUACUCCGAGUUGGCCACCCGCUGCCAGGGCCUGGUGGACGUGCCCUUUAAGGGCCGAGGAGACGGAGAUGACAGGGCCUCUGACGGAGAGAAGAGGCGGAGGACGACGCGGAAAACGCCCUCAUACGAAAGCCCGGAGUCUGGAGAUCAGCAAGUCCCAGACCCUCGAAAGAAUAACAAGAGGAAACCGCUGGGCGUGGGCUAUUCUGCCAGGAAGUCUCCUCUCUAUGAUAACUGCUUCCUCCAUGCUCCCGAUGGCCAGCCUCUGUGUACCUGUGAUAAGAAGAAAGCCAAAUGGUACCUAGAUAAAGGAAUAGGAGUGCUCCAGAGCGAGGAGCCUUUUGUAGUGCAGCUGCUGUUUGAGCCGUCGGGACGUCCCGACUCCCAACAGGACUAUUAUCUGACUGCGAAGGAGAAUCUCUGCGUCGUCUGCGGCAAAGCAGAUUCCUACAUCAGGAAAAACAUUGUGCCACAUGAGUACAGACGGCAUUUUCCCACCGAGAUGAAGGACCACAACUCCCACGACAUCCUGCUGCUCUGCACCAGCUGCCACGCCGCCUCCAACGUGCACGACGGCUUCCUGAAGCAGCAAUUGGCUGAAGAGUUUGCCGCCCCACAGGGCUGCGAGGAGGGAGUCCGCCUGCUGGAGGACUCAGACCGACGGCGGGUACGUUCGGCGGCUCGGGCUUUGCUCACCGCCGGGGAAGGACUGCCGGAGCAGCGGCGAGAAGAGCUGCAGGCUUUGAUCAAGAGUUUCCUCGACGCCGACGAGGAGCAAGAGCUGACGGACGAGGCGCUGCAGCAGGCCGCCGGGUUGGAGACGAGGAUUUUCAACGAGGCGUACGUUCCUCACGGUCUGAAGGUGGUGCGGGCCAGCGCCGAGCAGGGCCUGCGUGGCCUGAUGGACCUGGAGUGCCGCUGGAGGCAGCACUUCCUUACCGCCAUGCAGCCUCGCCACCUCCCUCCCCUCUGGUCCGUGGACCACAACCACAGCAAGUUCCUCCGCAAAUACGGAGAGGACCUGCCCAUUAAACUCAACUGAUCGCACACAGCUACCGCCCAGGACGGGAAACUGAACACUCUCAUCCACCGGUUAACGUACCGGUUGGAUUUGAAACUUCCGCAGCCACUCCGUCAACUUUACACGCCAAAUCGCUUUUUUUUUUUUUUAGUGAGCGGAUGAAUGAAGUAAUCUACCAGAGAUGUUACCAGCAUGUUCCCAUGAUGAGUGUGUGUGUGUGUAAAUACACUCUAAUCUACGUUGGACGACGUUUCACUCUAUUUCAAGUGCUAGUGAGAUGCUGCUAGGUUGCCACCUGGAUGAACUUUAAACUGAGACUCCACCGGUGGAAAGAAGUCCAGCACUGAACCUGAAAAACACUAAUCAUGGGAUUGCAUAUGGACACUUUUUUUUAAUCAUGAAAAUUAUUUAUGAAAAAGUAAAAAAAUAAUUAAAUUUAUGAGCUGAUUUUUAGAAGAAGCUGCAGCCUGCUCUUAAUUCCCCGUCUAAAUUUAACUACUCCCCUCCCACCCUCCCCCCCUGCAGGUUAGCAGCUAUCAGUCUGAGAAUAAACGCUUUGCAGAGAGAGGGUCAUUUUAAUAUGACCUUAACUUAUUUAGUGCUCCGCCCUGCUUUUGUUUCAGUCUAUUGUCUGUUUUAAGUCAAUAGAUGAAAGUCUCCCAGAAGCAUCUUGAAAUACUAAUUUCAUCUUUGCCCUGUUUCCUAUUUAAGAAGAUGGUCUCAAGGUGCCUUUUGGGGGCCUGAAUGUGUUCAUUUUUGCAGCGGGAGACGAAUGCUAAACACAGUACAGUUGGCUGCUUUCAUUUAAACCCCCUGAUGUUUUGUCCUGCUGCUGAUCCUCCUGAAGGUUGGGACCUCUUCCUGGCUCAUGUUUUAAUGUGCCUCUUAAUCCCCAAACCUGACCGGAGGACUCGCCGCAGCGUCAGGGCGUGACCUCGUUUUCAGUUUACAGCCGUUUCACCACGACGUCGUUUUUCCAGAACCCAAACUGCACAGUGAAGAAAAAGGUGCCAACUCUAAUGUGAUUUAGAAACCUUAAAACUAACCCCCCCCCCCCCCUCCCUCUUUGCAAGGCAAAUUUAUUUACAACACAGUCUUGGAUGUAAGCCCUAAAGCUGUUUUGUUUUCCUAAAUUGUGAAUGAUGCAAAAAAAUAAAAGUCAUGUUUGUAUUAAUCAUC